UCUAGUUGUCCCCUAGCUCCCAGGAGCCCUCGGCUCCAACCCAGUCAUGACGUCUCCCCUGUGCAGGGCGGCCUCCGCCAACGCCCUUCCUGCUCAGGACCAGGUUACGACUCCAUCUUCCAAGGCCAAAAACAAGGCUUCAGCCAAGCCCAGCCACCCCCGAGGCAAGGGCGCGGUCCAGGCUUGGCCUCCACGCCAUUUCAAGGCCGGAUCCUUCCGCCGCGGUAUGGGGAAGCCCUCUGUGCACUUGCAGGUGGCUGAGUUACAAAGAAAGAUACAACUGUUAGAGGGGGACCGGAAGGCCUUUUAUGAGAGCUCCCAGUGGAACAUCAAGAAGAACCAGGAAACCAUUAAUCAGCUCCAUGAGGAGAAUAAGGCACUUGAAUUACAGCUGACGGACCUGCUCAAGGGAGAUGAGAAAGUGGUCCAGGCAGUGAUUCAGGAAUGGAAGUCAGAGAAGCCGUAUCUGAAGAACAGGACAGGACAGCAAGCCCUAGAGCACCUGGACUACCGGCUAAGUGAGAAGGUGAAGCAGCUCAAUGCCCUGCGGCACCAGGUCGUGUUGCGGCAGAGCCGGCUGGAGGAGCUGCAACUCCAGUACCGCCUUCGCCACCUGGAGAUGGCUGAGGCACAAGACAGCAAUACGGAGGUAGCCAAGACCAUGCGGAACUUGGAGAACCGUCUGGAGAAGGCCCGGAUGAAGGCGGAAGAGGCAGAACACAUUACCGGUGUGUACCUGCAUCUCAAGGCCUAUCUACAGGAGGAGAGCCUUAACUUGGAGAACCGGCUGGACUCCAUGGAGGCUGAGGUGGUGCGUACCAAACACGAGCUGGAGGAACUGCACGUGGUGAACCAAGAGGCCCUCAAUGCCCGGGACAUUGCCAAGAACCAGCUGCAGUAUCUGGAGGAGACUGUGUUACAAGAGCGCAGGAAGCGUGAGCGCUACGUAACUGAGUGCAAGAAGCGCGCGGAGGAGAAGAAACUGGAGAAUGAGCGCAUGGAGCGUAAGACCCAGCGUGAGCACCUGCUGGUACAGUCCGAGGAUGCGACCCAGGACACCCAGCAUGCCAGGGAGGAGGAGCUACAAAGACGAUGGAGCAUGUACCAAAUGGAGGUGAUCUUUGGCAAGGUCAAGGAUGCCACUGGCACAGCCGAAACACAUUCCGUGGUGCGGCGGUUCCUGGCCCAGGGAGACACCUUCGCACAGUUGGAGACGCUCAAGAGGGAGAAUGAGCAGACGCUGGUAAAGCUGAAACAAGAGAAGCUGCGGCUGCAACGGGAACUUGAAGACCUCAAGUACUCUGGGGAGGCAGCGCUGGUGAGCCAACAGAAGCUGCAAUCUGAGAUGGAGGAGCGCCUCAAGACAGAGAAGAAGCGGCAUGCUGAGGCACAGGAGCAGCUGGAUCGUGCCUUUCGAGCUAUGCAAACUGCCAAGGAGAGUCUGGAGCACCUGGCUAGCAAACUGAGCCAUGUGACCAUGGAGCGGAGCAGCUUGGCAGAAAAGGAGGUGGAUCCCAAGGCAGGUGACUAUCUGCCGAACCUGCUAGGCCUGGUGGAGGAAAAGCUGCUGGCACUGCAGGGGCAGCUCCAGAGCCAGGAUGUGCCGGAGAUGCUGCGCCACAUUGCAGACCGAGAGUUCUAUGCCACCUUAGAGGGAAAGCUGCCCCAGUACAACACCCGCAUUGCUCUGCCCCUUGUCAGCGCCAAGGACAAAUUCUUUGUAGAUGAAGAAGAAAGUGAGGAUGAGGACAGCGAGGUGGUGAACCGUGCAGCACUCAAGAUCCGUUCCCAGAAACUAAUUGAAAGCCGAAUCAAGAAACGCAGUCGCACGCGAAGGUCCUAGACUCACCCUGGCGCUCACCUGGCACCUGGAGGCCCCCUUGGGAGUCCCCAUCCCCUUUGGGCCCAGCGUGGCCCCCACGGGGCCCCUCAUGGGCUGAACGCAGCCUGAACCUGGAGCAGAGCAGACCGGCAGCGCCGGAGGAGAGAGGGGGCCAGGCCGGACGUUCCCACAGUAAAUCUCCCAGCCAGUCCACGCUGGCCUCGGAA